CAUAUGCAAGAUUUAGGUGGUAUGAAUGUAAACAAGUAAAGUUUAGGUGUUAUAUAUAAGCAUGGCAACAUGAACAUUCUCCCUAAAUCAUAACUGUAUCAGCUCAACUUCAUCUACUUUUUUCUCAAAACAUGCAGAUAAGUUCAGGAGAUCUUCUUCUCCUUUCCCUUCUCUUAUCUUCUCUUCACGCCAUUUCUCCUUCUCGCACCAUUGAUGAUCAGCUUCUCAUCUCCCAGAAUCAUCAGAAUGUGUAUAACGUCGAUGAUUUCGGCGCGAAAGGCGACAGAACUGAUGACAGAGAAGCGUUCAUGAAAGCAUGGAAGGAAGCAUGUUAUUCCCAUUUUCCUGCAUUUUUUUUGGUUCCUGAAAAGAAAACGUAUCUUCUGAAACCAGUGAGCUUCUAUGGUCCGUGCAACUCCAUUGUCACAGUCAUGAUAAUGGGGACCGUCGAAGCUUCAUCGAACGAAUCUGAUUGGGACAACGAUGACAAUAGUGGUAUUCAUUGGAUCUUGUUCAGCAACAUUACAGAUCUGAAUAUACAAGGGGGAGGAACAAUCAUUGGGAAUGGUGAAAUAUGGUGGAAGGAUUCUUGCAAGGUCAAUACAAAUCUUCCUUGUAGAGUUGCACCAACGGCUUUGACAUUCUUUGCAUGCAAUAAACUGAGGGUGGAGAAUCUAAACAUUAAAAACAGUCAGCAAAUUCACAUUUCUGUUGAGGAAUGCAUAGAUGUUAGUAUUUCAAAUGUCAUGAUUGCUGCUCCAGAAAAGAGCCCAAAUACUGAUGGCAUUCAUGUCAGUAACACCAACAAUAUGGUUAUAAAAGACUGUGUGAUCAAAACAGGUGAUGACUGCAUAUCAAUUGCUACUGGAUCACAAAAUGUCAGGGUUAUGAACAUAGUUUGUGGUCCUGGCCAUGGAAUCAGCAUAGGAAGCUUAGGUGCCAAUAAUUCAGUUGCAAGUGUUUCAGAAGUCAUUGUGGAUAAUGUAACAUUGAGUGGGACUACUAAUGGAGUCAGAAUAAAAACCUGGCAGGGAGGCCAAGGUCAUGCAAGGAACAUUACAUUUCAGAAUAUAAUCAUGCAAAAUGUUUAUAAUCCCAUCAUAAUUGAUCAAAACUACUGCGACUCUCUGAAUCCAUGUCAUGAACAGAAUUCGGCGGUGUCAAUAAGCCACGUGAUAUACAAGAACAUCAAGGGAACGAGCGCAUCGAAAGUCGCAGUAAAUCUGAGUUGCAGUAAAACUCUUCCAUGCCAGGAGAUAGAGAUGGAAGACAUUAAAUUGGUUGGGGAAGGAGGAAAAUCAACAGAAAGUUUGUGCAGUCAUGUAGUUUUGGCAGAAAGUGAGAUGGUUUUCCCUCCACUUUGUGUAUAAAUCAAAAAUAUAAUUAAAAAUAAAACAAAAAAGCUAAGUUCCACUUUAUGAAGAUCAUGUAGAUGUAAAUUUAUAGGGAAAUUUACAUACGUAGCACACAAUUCUUAUGUAUUUACAUACC